CCACAACGCUCGUUUCCGCUCAGCGGUCACCGACCAUGAAGACACUUACCGCGCUGUCCUUACUCUUCUCUCUCCAGGCGGCGCGCGGUCAUGCUGGCCAUGAGGGGCCCGCGUCAGGCGAGACCAUUCAGCAGUAUGCACAGAGACACAUGGUUACUGAGCAUCACAUCGACUCGUUUGACUUGAGGAGUUUCUUCCAGCUGCAUGACCUCAACCGGGACGGAGUCUGGGACCGGGAUGAAAUCGAGGCCAUCUACGGUGUGCACCACGUCUAUUCGCAGAAGAAGUCCAAGGAUGAAGUAGAGCACCAGAAGAAGGCGGACACGAUUGCUAACACUGUGCUUGAUCUACUGGACAAGAACAAGGAUGGCAAGGUGACACCAGAGGAGUUUGAAGCUGUCGGUUUGGACGGACUGCCCAAUUUCGAGGAGCUGGGAGCGGAGGGACACCAUUACGACGUCGAGAGCGAAUUCUUCCUCCACCACGAAGAACUAUACCACUCCACCCCCGAAACGCAAACCGACGAAUCCUACAACCACCCCGAGGACAUCGAGCACUUUGCGCAGCACGAGCAAAUCGAGCGCGCCGAGGCCGAACGCGAGGCCAAGUUCCAGGGCAUCUCCGUCGAGGAAGCCAUAGCCCAGCACGACCCGGACAACCCGGAUAACCAAAUCCCCGAAGUCCCUGCGCCCGGAACGCCAGUCCCGCCUCCAGCACCAGACGCAGCGCAGGUCCCCAUCGUGGAGCAUCCGCACGAUGACCAGCUGCCAAAGGACGACGGCCUCCCGAAGGAGCCGGACACGACCGUCAUCGGGAAGCCCAGGGCUACGAGAGUGACGCCUCCCGAGAAGCAGGCGCCCGAGAUUCGGUACAAGGAUGCGAAGCUGCAGGGCGAGAGCCAGGCAGAGUGGGGCGCUGGAGCCGAGGGGUACAAGUCGCCAAAGUCUCCUGCAGAUCGGAUGAGGAAAAACUUGCCGUACAAGAACCGUAUGCAGUACAAGUUCCGUCGUAGCUGGGGUGACUUCUAG